CUUGUACUUUCUCCAUAAGCGGUGCCGGUAAUUCAACCAAGAUGGCCGAGUCAGAAUUGAGCCCCAAGUUUGCGCCCUUCAUCGGCAUGGGCGGCAUCGCCUCGGCCAUGAUAUUCGGGUGCAUGGGCGCAGCGUAUGGCACCGCUAAAUCCGGCAUUGGCAUUGGAGGCGUGGGGACCUUUCGGCCGGACUUGAUUAUGAAGUGUCUCAUUCCCGUCGUCAUGUCCGGCAUUAUUGCAGUCUACUCGCUCGUCAUCUCCGUCCUCAUCGCCCAGGACCUGCAACCGCCGGCGUCGGGGUCCUAUAGCUUGUUCAAUGGAUUCAUGCAUCUUGCGUGCGGACUAUCAGUCGGUCUUACCGGCCUUGCCGCUGGUUACUGCAUUGGUGUUGUUGGCGACAAGGGCGUCAGGUCAUACAUGCUGCAGUCCAGGGUAUUCGUCGGCAUGGUGUUGAUCCUCAUUUUCGGCGAAGUCUUGGGGCUUUACGGGCUCAUCGUUGCUCUCAUCCUCAACACCAAGAGCAAGGGCUAAGACCAGCAGGGUUGCCAGUUUGGUGCAACAGGGUAGUGUACAAAAGUUGUAUACAAGGGGAGUUGAGAUUCAGCUCGCGGGACGUCAUUAGCAGCAUUUGGCCUGGCGUUGACGGAUGUGUACUUGAUUUUCGAGGGUCACGAACGAGGUAGGGCAGGCACGGCGAGAAUUGAAUUAGUUUUGGGCUUCCGCUCCUCUGUCGUGGCUGAGCUGCUUUUGCCGAGCUGAUCACGGGCACCGUCGUCCCUUAUAUCAGAAUACGCAGAUUGUAAGUACCUUCCAGUGCCUUACUCAAACAUGGUAGUAUCGCCGU